ACACAGAACGGAGCCGUUGUGUUUUGGCUGUUGGUCCCCAAUUCGAAAACUUCAAACUCAGUUUUCUCUUAAAACACAAAACUACAAACUCCACGCAAUAAACUAGAACUCUAGACCAGUUUUGGUUCCAUGCUCAAACAAAACCUCUUUUAUAAUCCUUUGCCAAAUGAGUUCUGUUCUGCUUACAGAGGUGUCUCUCUGUUUAUGUCUCCAACAGAUCUCACACCCAUAACUCUCUCUCUCUCUCUCUCUCUCAUCACAAAAUGCCCACACUCUUGUUUCUCUCACUACCCUUUUGCUCUUGAAGUCUCACUCUCAAGUUGUGGAGGUGUUGUUGGUCUCUGAAAGCAAAAGGGGACUCAUGGAGUGCAUGUGAAGCUCGGCGAGAGAUCUGGGUGGAGUUAAUGAUCGAAACAAGUUCACAGCUUUUUCUGAUUUUCAGGUGUUUAAUUGAUUGCUGGUGAUUUAUGGCAUUGUGUUCAAGCUUUGCUAGAAAGUUAGUGGGACUGUCAUUGGUGGAAAUUGGAUGCUUUGGUGUUCCAUGUAUAGAUUGAGAGAAACCAUGCGAAGGAUUUUAAUUUGUUUCAUAAAUUCGGAAGAGAUUCUGAUACCGGGCAGGUAGUAGAGGGUCUGAUCAUGACCAGGGCUGUCCGAGAUAGGAUUCUCAAGGAUGCAAAUGGGGACAUCAGUGAUCAUUUGCGCAACCACAUUCAUUUGACAAAUUGCAUUCACUUGAAAAACCACAUGCACAAGCACAGUCCCAUAUUGGCCAAUAGGUCUCUUAUGAGGGACUUGGUUGUCCUUCAGAGGUCUCGAUCUCUCAGGGACCCUUCUGCAAGCCCUCCUUCAUGGCAGUCUCCUUCCAUUGUUGAAAUGCUUUCCAAGAAAGGUGAAAAUGGUCCCCUGGUGCGGGAGGGGAGAAGGUCAGUAGGAAGUGAGCAUCGAAGGGAAGGUAGGAGGAUGGUGACAAGUUCUCCAUCUGUGGCGAGUUUCGGAAUAUCAAGAGUUGCUCCUGAUGAAGAUAAUGGGGAGAAUGAUGGAUUAGCUGGAAUCAGUGAACAUGGUAGCAAGAGUGGAGUUAGAAAUAGUAGAAGAAUCAGAAGAGAAGAGUCUAGUCAGAAGAGCAAUAGGACUGAUAUUUUGGGUGGGAAAGAGGAGUCUCCGCUAAACCAUAAUGAUCAUGAUUCAACUCAUGACACUGUUACCAGACAUUCAGAAUCAAAAAGCAGAAAAAGUAGUAAACAAAAGGGAAAGCACAUUCAAGGUGUUCAGAUGAAGACUCUCUCCGAGCAGUUGAAUGAAGUCAGGAUGGAUAGUGAUGAUUUAGCAUCGUCCAACAUUCAUCUACCUGGAAGACGGUUACGACAGGAAAGAAUUGCUGAGGAACCAGAAGUCAGCAUUCGAGGCAAUUGUAGUGGAAUGAGUAGGGUAAAACGGCGGAGAUUUCGAGGUGCCAGAAGAAGUCGUGCUUCAGUAGCUUCCAGAGAUGUUGGAGCUCAUAAUGAUUUGUCUGUGGCUUCUAAUACUUUAGGUCAUGGGUCAGCUCAUUCGAAGCAUCACAUGGUGCAGGAGCAUGGAGAGGACGAGUAUGAGGAGCAAAAUGUCACAAGGGCUCCCGGAAACGGGUGUGGUAUUCCAUGGAAUUGGUCAAGGAUCCACCAUAGAGGCAAAUCAUUUCUUGACAUAGCUGGAAGGAGUUUUUCAUGUGGCAUGUCUGAUGCAAGAUUUAAGAAAGGUGGCCUGGCUGCUCAUGGCAGAGAUAUAAAUGACAUGCCUAUGGCCUCGGAUAACUCAAGUUCUUCUACUAAGUAUGAUGCUGAGGCAUUGCCUUUACUAGUUGAUGCAUCCGGAUCACAGGAAAGCACUGGAUGGGUACACGAUUACUCAGGCGAACUAGGCAUAUAUGCUGAUAAUCUAUUCAAGCAUGAUGUAGGUUCUGAAUUUGCUUCUGAAGCUAGAUCUGGUGAUCAACACAGAUUGAGAGGGCACCGCCGUGGCAGACACCAAAAUUUGACGCAGAAGUACAUGCCAAAAACCUUUAGAGAUCUUGUGGGACAGAAUUUAGUGGUGCAAGCUCUUUCCAAUGCUGUCAUGAAAAAGAAGGUUGGGUUACUCUAUGUAUUCCAUGGUCCUCAUGGUACAGGAAAAACAUCCUGUGCUCGCAUAUUUGCUAGAGCUUUGAAUUGCCAGUCUUUGGAUCAUCCAAAGCCUUGCGGCUUUUGCAAUUCUUGCACCGCACACGAGCUGGGUAAGAGUAGAAAUAUAAGGGAAGUUGGCCCUGUUAGUAAUUAUGACUUUGAGAGCAUUGUGGACCUACUUGACAAUAUGAGUAUUUCCCAGCUGCCAUUACAGUACAGAGUGUUCAUUUUCGAUGACUCUGAUACUUUAUCCCAGGAGUGCUGGAGUGCCAUCUCAAAGGUCAUUGAUCGAGCUCCAAGACGUGUGGUUUUUGUCCUUGUCUGUUCAAGUCUUGAUGUUUUACCCCACAUAAUCAUAUCCAGGUGUCAGAAAUUCUUUUUCCCAAAGCUAAAGGACGCAGACAUUAUUUACACUUUGCAAUGGAUUGCAACCAAAGACAACUUAGAAAUUGACAAGGAUGCACUCAAGCUCAUUGCAUCAAGAUCAGAUGGCUCAUUGAGGGAUGCUGAAAUGACUCUUGAGCAACUGAGUUUGCUUGGUCAGAGAAUCUCUGUUCCUCUAGUUCAGGAACUAGUUGGGCUUAUCUCUGAUGAGAGAUUGGUGGAUCUUCUUGAUUUAGCAUUGUCUGCAGACACAGUUAAUACUGUGAAGAACUUGAGAGUGAUAAUGGAAAGUGGUGUCGAGCCAUUAGCCUUGAUGUCACAACUUGCAACGGUCAUAACGGAUAUUCUUGCUGGCAGCUAUGAUUAUACCAAGGAGGGGCGUCGAAGGAAGUUCUUCCGGCACCAACCAUUAUCCAAAGAAGACAUGGAAAAACUGCGUCAAGCUUUGAAAACUUUGUCUGAAUCUGAAAAGCAAUUGAGGACAUCAAAUGACAAGUUAACAUGGCUAACAGCUGCACUUCUCCAACUUGCUCCUGAUCAGCAGUACAUGUUGCCUAGUUCUUCUGCAGGCACUAGCAAUCACAGUCCUUUGGCAGUUAAUAAUGCUGGUCGAAGGGAUGUUCCUAGUAACGAUAGAGGCUUGCCAACAAAUGUUAGAAACGCAGGAAGUUCUGGUCUCAGAAGAAGUUAUGCUGGAGAUGGUAUGGCUAGAGCUACAAACUCUGCUGAUGUAGGAAAAGGGAGUGCAAGGAAUAGUGUUGACAGAAGCUAUAAAGCAAUUGAAGAAAUUUGGUUGGAGGUGCUUGAGAAAAUUCCUUAUAAUCGCAUAAAAGAAUUCUUGUACCAAGAAGGGAAGCUAAUCUCAGUCAGUUUUGGUGCAGCUCCCACCGUGCAGUUGAUGUUCUCCUCACAUAUGACUAAAUCUACAGCAGAAAAUUUUAGAGCACAAAUUUUACAAGCGUUUGAGGUGGUUCUUGGGUCUCCCAUGACAGUUGAAAUAAGAUGUCUAUCAAAAAGAGAUACCAAGGAAGGGGCCCAGAAGCCUAUUAUCAUACUAGAUACCCAACACCUACAUUCUGACACCCACGAAAUGGGGAAGAGUGAAAUUGUUGAGGUAGCAGCUUCUCCUAGGGAAGGCAAGGAUAGUGGUCAUAUUGAUAACCAGAAAGAAUCUAGUGCGCGGGUGGGAGAAGCAUCUAUAAAACAUAGAAUUGGGGAACAAGGUCAGAGUCUAAGCCUUGUCAGGGGCAAGGUGUCCCUCGCACAUGUAAUUCAACAGGCAGAAGGAUGCUCACAGCGCAGGGGAUGGUCACAACGCAAAGCAGUUUCUAUUGCUGAGAAGCUUGAACAAGAUAAUCUGAGAUUGGAAUCGCAAUCGAGAAGUUUGAUUUGCUGGAGAGCAUCCAGAGUAGCUCGUCGAAAGCUUUCACGUUUGAAAGUGAGGACCAGGAGACCACAUUCAUUGCUGAAGCUUGUUUCCUGCGGUAAAUGCCUAACUUCAAGAUCUCCAAGAUAGUAGGUUUGGCUGGCUUUGAAGGUUUUGUACAACCUCAUCUGUAUUUCUUGUAUUUAAGCCAAUUUAGCCAAUUUCCUUCAGUUCAUUAGGUCAAUUUAUCCGACAAAUUCUUCUAUAUUGAAUAAGAGUAUGAGUUAUAUUCAGUACAGAAAAAGGUCGAAGU